AUGUCCUCCAAUACGGGCUCUCUCUUCGGAGGAGGCGGUCUUGGUAGCUCAACCCCACAAUCGACCAGCCUGUUUGGAUCAACAAAUGCGACGAGUGCGUUUGGAACUACUUCUGCUGCUGCUCCGCAGGGCACGCAAACCUCUUCGCUGUUCAACCAAACCCAGCCUCAGCCUCAGCCGCGGGCUCAGCAGCCAUCCGCCCAGCCUUCCGUUCUAGGGCAGACCCAGACUGACUCUGGACAGGCUCAAGGACGAGUUUCGACCCAGUCAACUCAGCCAGCGUUCUUCAACAGCUUGUUGGAGCGCGGGAAGAAACGGCCACUAUCUGCUACGGGACAAAAUGGCAACGGCAACUUUGAAGACGUCCCCAGUCUGCAGUUGGGUCUUGAUGACAUUCGAAGAAAGGCAAGAGAGCUGGGUACGUCGGGAAACAAAGAUCCUCAACAGAAUGGCACAAAGGCUCGCUAUCUACUCGCGUCUUCCGGUAUCUCUCCAGGACGAGCGUUACGAGACCUACGCUCUCUAGAUCCACAGGCAUCUUUGGCUACGGCCAGAGAAACUGACAGUUUCGACCCUGAUAACCAGAGAUUUCUGAGGAACAUUCAGCAGCGUGGCCGGCAGGUGAUGAUUGCGGAGAGCCUCUCUCGGGCUCAGAGGGACUUCGACACCUUCUUGGAAGAGAAAGUGGAUAUGGAUUGGGAGGACCAGCGUCGGAAGAUCUUCCAGCACUUUGGUCUUUCUCAAAGGGAUGGAUCCACCGCCGGAGACCUGAGGUCGACGACACGAGGCGCCUUUGGUCGAUCGGCGAGACAAUCUAAACAAGCAGGCGCUAGUCAGACACACGCCCCUUCAGGCGCAUCCCGCCGCAGUGUCUUUGGCCGCUCUGCCCUGGACAAGUCCGUUAUUGGCACACCGGGAACUGGCUUGGCUAGUCGACAACUCUUCGAGGACCCAUCAGAGCGAAACGAAGGGCCGGCUGUGCCGUCACCUGACCUGCGGUUCUUGCGGGAGAAGAUGGGCCAUUACGCUGAAAAGGUUCAGAAUUUGAACGUGGCUCGGCUGCAGGGGCAGGCCUACCCCAUUCUUCAUCAGUUCGCGCAGGUUGAACUUCAAAAUGGCGGUGAUGCACCUCGCCAGCUCCUUGAUGCGUAUCAAGCUUUGAUACGAAUCGUUCAUGAAAAUCCGGCUACAACCAGCACGUCGGACCCCGGUGCUGUAAGAGAACGACAGUUUGCCCGUGAUUAUCUGGAAGAGUCAUCCAGAUCCCAAAAUGGGACCAACCUGAAGAAGCAGAUUAUUGAAGGCUCAAGGGGAUAUCUUGAACACACAUUUUUCCAGGAGGUGGAGAAUGUCAUCUCCAAGAACCCGCGAGAGGCACAACUAGGUGGUAUUCCAACCGUGAUCAAUAAGAUUCGAGCAUACAUCCGCGUUCGUGCCGUGAGAAAAGAUCUCGCUCCGGAUGGAACGGAACUGCAGAUGGUCGGGCAAGACUAUUGCUGGAUUCUUAUCUUCUGCCUCCUUCGAUGCGGCUUUAUCACCGAGGCGGCCGAAUACGUGAGCCAAGAUCCUGGGUUCCGGUCAUUGGAUCAUAAGUUCGUAACCUACAUGACAACCUAUGCUCAGAACAGGCGACUUCCGCGGGAUUUGCAGCAGAAGAUCAACGGCGAGUAUCAGCAGCGUUUGCGAAAUGCACCCGACAACACUGUUGACCCUUACCGGAUGAUUUGUUACAAAAUCAUCGGCCGCUGCGAUCUUUCCCGACGCCGUUUGGACGGUGUGAACCAAAGCGUUGAGGACUUCAUGUGGCUACAGUUCAGUCUCGCUCGGGAGGACGAUCGCUCCGAGGAGGUAGCCGGCGAUGUCUUUGGGCUGGAAGACAUCCAGACCGAUAUCACCGAAAUUGGACAAAGGCAUUUCAACAAAAACCAGGAUGGACCGGGCGGACAUGGAACGUUUUUCAUGCUUCAGGUUCUGGGAGGCAUGUUUGAGCAGGCCGUGGCCUAUCUUGGUACCUAUUCACCGGUCACUGCAGUCCAUUUUGCCAUCGCUUUGGCAUACUAUGGUCUUUUGCGCGUGUCGGACUUCUACGCGUCUGGAGAAGAAAUCCUUUCUUUCACUGUGAAGCAGUACCCUCAAAUCAAUUUUGGGUAUCUCAUCACCCAAUACACUCGAGAGUUCCGUACUGGCAAUGUUGAAGCUGCUAUUGAUUACUUCGCCUUGAUUUGUCUCAACGCCGAUCUCCCGGGCUCUUUAGGGAAAUCUCAGUCAUCAGUGUGUCACGAGGCUUUGCGAGAGUUCAUCCUCGAGACUAGAGAUUUCGCUAAGCUGCUGGGCGACAUCCAUGCGAACGGUACCAGAAUUAAAGGCGUCAUUGAGCAGCGUCUCGAUUUGAUCAACCUGGUGGAUCAGCAGGACUUCCUGAAAAACAUCACCAUUCAAGCUGCCGGCGUGGCGGACGACAAAGGUCUGAUCACCGAUGCAGUGCUCCUGUAUCACCUUGCCGAGAACUACGAUCGUGUGAUUGAUAUCGUAAAUCGGGCGCUGUCGGACGCUAUUGCAGUUGAGCUGGGAGGUACCAUGCCGAAGCUACAGCCUCUCCGCCCUAGGGUUGAGCAGUCUCAAGCAGACGCCGUGACGCCUGGAAGCAGUCUUAGCUUGACUACUGUUGACGAUCCUGUGAUACUGGGUAAGAACAUGAUCGGCCUCUACAAUUCGAACCAGAUGUAUUUCGACAAGAUCCGCCAGAUCAAUCGGGAUGCUUGUGGGCUCCUCCUCCGCAUGAUGGAGGCGAAGAUGGAAGUUGAAGCUGGCAGAUGGGCGCCGGCACUUGAUCACAUUGACCGACUGGGCGUCCUCCCGUUGCAAGCCCAAGGCUCCAUGCCAUAUAUUCGGAGUGCCGCUCAGGCAUUUUCGUCUUUCCCGGAUAUCAUUUCGCGCAAUAUCGGUCAUGUUAUCAUGUGGAGCAUUGCGUGCAUCGGGCAGGAGCGUCACAAACAAGUUUCGGGGCCCUAUGAAACUGACAUGCACCAUGGAUUCGCAGAACAGCUGCUCAGCAUGGCGAAGGAUCUCAUGGUCUUCUCUGGAAUGGUGAAGUACAAACUGCCGCCGAAGGUCUACGAGGCUCUUGCCCGCGCUGGGGCAGACAUUGGGGCAUACUAG